AAAAUAAAUGACAGCAGAAUGCAUUACAAUUCUUAUUACACAUAUACAGCACAAUUUUUCAUAUCUCUGGUUGUAUAUAAAGUAUGUUCACACCAAUUCGUGUCUUCAUACAUGGUAAAUGAUGUUCAUCACAUUCCACCAUCCUUGCUAACCUCCUCCCUGUAUUUGUAUUCUUGAUGAUUGUCAUUCUGACUGGAGUGAGAUGCAAUCUCAGUGUAGUUUUAAUUUGCAUUUCUCUGAUUGCUAGUGAUAUUGAACAUUUUUUCAUGUAUUUUUUGACCAUUUGUGUUUCUUCUUCUGUGAAGUAUCUGUUCAGUUCCUUUUCCCAUUUACACUUUCUGCUUUUUUCUGUGUUAUGGAAUAGUUUGAAAUGUCUGCCCUGUCAAUGUUUAUUAGAAAUCACCUGACAACUGUGGGGGAGGGAAACUAUCUGAGAUGACCUUUCUAAUUUUUCCAGUUUUUAUUGUUCUAUUAGGUUUCGGCAGGCACUUGUUUUUCUGUUUCAUUUUGAGUCAGUUGACGGAAGUAAAUGAUUAAAUGACUCAGUGUAGGUAACAGUAUAUGGGCUUUUCACGUAGGCCAGGAUAAAGUCCAGUGCAUCUUUUUACUAGUUGUAUAACCUUAAGCAGGUUACUUUAUCCUCUGCAAAGUUCUGUUUUCUCACCUGCAAAGCAUUAGUUCCUACUUCACAAGAGUCUUCAAAGUAUUAGAUGAGAUAUGAGAAGUGAGGACGUUUCCUGGAGUGAAAUGGAGGCCUCAGUAAUAUUACCCAUUCUGAAGAAAAAACUAGCCUUCCUUUCAGGAGGAAAGGACCGACGAAGUGGCCUCAUUCUGACAAUUCCAUUAUGCCUUGAACAAACAAAUAUGGAUGAGCUGAGUGUCACUUUGGACUACCUGCUCAGCAUUCCAAGUGAAAAAUGUAAGGCUAGAGGAUUUACUGUGAUAGUGGAUGGAAGAAAAUCACAGUGGAAUGUGGUGAAAACAGUCGUCUUAAUGCUACAGAAUGUUGUUCCAGCUGAGGUGUCCCUUGUUUGUGUUGUGAAGCCAGAUGAAUUUUGGGAUAAGAAAGUGACACAUUUUUGUUUUUGGAAAGAAAAGGAUAGACUUGGCUUUGAGGUUAUUUUAGUAUCUGCCAAUAAAUUGACCCGUUAUAUAGAACCAUGCCAAUUAACAGAAGAUUUUGGUGGGAGUCUCACCUAUGAUCACAUGGACUGGUUAAAUAAGAGACUGGUUUUUGAGAAGUUUACAAAGGAAUCUACAUCAUUGUUGGAUGAACUUGCUUUGAUUAAUAAUGGAAGUGAUAAAGCAAAUCAGCAAGAGAAAGAAAGAUCUGUGGAUUUAAACUUUCUUCCAUCAGUUGAUCCUGAAACAGUUCUUCAGACAGGGCAUGAAUUAUUAUCCGAAUUACAGCAGCGUCGAUUUAAUGGCUCUGAUGGUGGGGUCUCGUGGUCUCCUAUGGAUGAUGAACUGCUUGCGCAGCCACAGGUUAUGAAAUUAUUAGAUUCACUCCGAGAGCAGUACACCCGCUACCAGGAAGUAUGCAGACAGCGUAGUAAACGCACCCAAUUAGAAGAGAUUCAGCAAAAAGUGAUGCAGGUUGUGAACUGGCUGGAAGGACCUGGAUCAGAACAACUGAGAGCCCAGUGGGGGAUUGGUGACUCUAUUAGGGCUUCCCAGGCCCUACAGCAGAAGCAUGAAGAGAUUGAGAGCCAGCACAGUGAAUGGUUUGCAGUAUAUGUGGAGCUUAAUCAGCAAAUUGCCGCACUCUUGAAUGCUGGGGAUGAGGAAGAUCUUGUGGAACUGAAGUCACUACAGCAACAACUUAGUGAUGUUUGUUAUCGGCAGGCCAGUCAGCUGGAAUUCAGGCAAAAUCUCUUACAAGCAGCUCUUGAAUUUCAUGGUGUUGCACAAGAUUUGUCUCAGCAGUUGGAUGGCUUAUUAGGGAUGUUGUGCGUAGAUGUAGCACCAGCUGAUGGAGCAUCGAUUCAGCAAACUUUAAAACUGCUUGAAGAGAAGCUGAAAAGUGUUGAUGUGGGAUUGCAAGGUUUGCGUGAAAAAGGUCAAGGUCUGCUGGAUCAGAUCUCCAAUCAGGCGUCCUGGGCCUAUGGAAAGGAUGUAACCAUUGAAAAUAAAGAAAACGUGGACCACAUACAAGGAGUGAUGGAAGACAUGCAACUUAGGAAACAAAGAUGUGAAGACAUGGUAGAUGUGCGAAGGUUAAAGAUGCUUCAGAUGGUGCAGCUGUUUAAAUGUGAAGAAGAUGCUGCUCAGGCGGUUGAAUGGCUAAGUGAACUUCUGGAUGCUCUACUUAAGACCCACAUCAGAUUGGGUGAUGAUGCUCAGGAAACGAAAGUUUUACUGGAAAAGCAUAGAAAAUUUGUUGAUGUUGCACAGAGUACUUAUGAUUAUGGUAGACAGUUGCUGCAGGCCACAGUUGUGUUGUGCCAGUCUUUACGAUGCACCUCUCGGUCUUCUGGGGACACACUUCCUCGACUGAACAGGGUGUGGAAACAGUUUACAAUAGCGUCCGAAGAGAGAGUACAUAGGUUGGAAAUGGCCAUUGCAUUUCACUCAAAUGCUGAAAAGAUUUUACAAGACUGUCCGGAAGAGCCUGAAGCUAUUAAUGAUGAGGAGCAAUUUGAUGAAAUUGAAGCAGUUGGGAAAUCACUUUUGGAUAGAUUAACUGUUCCUGUAGUUUAUCCUGAUGGAACCGAACAAUAUUUUGGGAGUCCAAGUGACAUGGCUUCUGCUGCAGAGCACAUCAGAGACAGGAUGAAACUAGUUAGUCUCAAAAGGCAGCAGCUGAGACAUCCUGAAAUGGUGACCACAGAGAGCUAAUAGCUACCAGCGUCCCACAGACCUACAGUUCACAUUCCCGCAUGUUGUCGGCAUUCUGCAGCAUUAGCCACAGUCCAUUAAGACACAUCUCACAGCAGGAUAAGCCUCAUUUCUUCCCACAACACGUUUCUCUCUACAUGCUAACACCUCGCAACUACCAAGGCAUAAUUAUUUAAUAUGCUUUGAGAUCAUAGACUCCAGGUAUCUUAAAAGAAGGAAACUGUAAACAUUGCACUGAAAUCUUGCUUUCAAGCUUUACAUGACCUGUCAGUUUGUAGAUGAACAACUGAUAAUAAGCUUUGAAUGGUGCUAAUAAGAGUUUAGGAAUUCUCCUUAUAAAAAAUGGUCGCCCUUCCUCCCCAGGUGUGUAGUAAAUUUAGACUGUAGUUAAACUAUCAUUAGUAGAUUUUGGCAUCCUCAAAAUUUUACUUUGUAAUUCUUUAAGAUUGAUUAUUUUUAUUGUGUCAAUAUGAAGAACAUCGUUCAGAUCUUUGAUAUAUCAUAUUCAUUAAAAACAUUUUCCUAUUUGUAUUGAUAAUGUAUUAAAGUUGUUUGUGCUUAAUAAAAGGCUUCUUUAAACAUCUUAUUUAAUUUGGUAGUUAUAUCCUAUUUUCAAACAUGAGUGCCUUAUCAAAAAGGGCAUUCUUAGAACUGUGAGGAUGGUUUAAUAAUUGUUUUUUCAAGGUUGUUGCAUGUAUUUUAGCCAGAAAAUUCAUAUGUAUGCAUGUGUAUAUAAUAAAUAAGCAUGUUUUAUCAUGAAAAAUAAUUGUGAAGAAUAAUUUAGAUCUUUAAGAACUUAUUAAUAAUGGGAUACUAUUUCAGAGUUUUCUUUUCUUCAACUUCAAAAAUUUUAUCCAAAUUAUUAACUAUCCUGAAGAUAUUUUGUCUUUGGGAGAGGAGGGCUAAGGAAGAAGGCAUACAUAAUUACUUCAGUGUAAUCCUUUAUAUCAAAGUAAUCUUUCUGGAACUAAAAUAGUAAUUGUUAAUAAAAUUUAAUUUCUCAUGACAGACUAGAGGCAAAAUCAUUUCUGAAGUAGUCUAAUAACAAAAACCGUACGACUCCUUUAGAAAUAAAAUUUAUCACAAAAUGAUAGUGUUUUUACAUUUGUAUUAAGUUUAAAUUGUAAAAUGCAUAUAAUUUAAUUUUUGUGUUAAUUUUUAUGCCAGAAGAUUUUUUAAAGAUGAAAAAUAAUUUUUUAGACUUGUGAUCAGUACAACAUUAUGCAAAGAAUUAUGUGCUGGUUCCUUUUCAUGAUCCACAAACAAGUUCAUGUAUCUCUGAUGCAAAAACCUCCCUCUGAACCUUCUGGUUUCUCCAGCCUUCUUCACUGCCAGACUUCUUGAAGAAGUCCAUAUCCCUUGCCCUACAUCGUCAUUUCUCCUUGCAGAGCAUCUUGCAGUCUGGUUUCACACAGCACUCUAAUGCCUUUUGAAAAUCAGGAAUGGUUUUCCACCUACUGAGCUGAGUGUUGUUUUUUCUCAGCUGGCAUCUCUAACCCUUCCAUUUAUAAAAUUGAACAACCUUUCCUAGGCAGCAUCUCCUCCCUCGAAGAUGCUAUCCUCUGCCAUAACUGUGAGUACAGUCACAUAAUUCAUCUUUAAAAUGUGUACUAACCAUGUGUGCUCUUAGAUUCUGUCCUCAGAAUGCUUGUGGCUCUUCUUUAGGUAUCUCCUCCUUAGGGUUUCUGUUUUAUCACAGCAUCGUGCAUCACAUAUCUGGUCCAAAACACUAGACUUGUUCUUUCAACUGCCUGCUUAACAUUUCAGCCCAGAGGAAGGAUUUCUCCUACUGCUCACCCUGUCCUCCUGGCAUAAUUUUGUUAGUUAAUGGUGCAGCCCUUUAUCCUAGUCAAACAUGCCAGAUAAUCUGGGGAAAAAUUCAACUGUUCCUUCUUGUCUUAUGCUACCACUGCUUCUGAGAACAUCAAGGAAGUUCUUUCUGUACUUGAUAAUCCUCUCAGCUUUUUAGUACUUUACUCCUAUGAGUAUGAACUUUUGUGAUUCUUCUUUUGGUCUUCCUGAUGGUGCUAGCCACAUUCUAUACUUCUAUGUAAUAUUCUGCUACGUUAUAAGCUCUUUUGAGGGAAAGAUCUUGUCCUACUAGUUCAGUUCCCAGGGUUUAACUCACAUGGAAUAGUUGUUUACUCCUACAUGGGUUCCGUUUUAAUCACUGAAAAUAAUCCCUUUCAUAUUUCAACCUGAAGUUUGUUUUCAGCAUACUCAUUUCCUAACGUUAAGACUGAGGAGUACAUCACCUUGCAAGGAAGUCAUUUGGUAUUUUAUAUAUUUAGUUGUGUAGCUACUUCAGAUAUUUAGUAGGUUCGUCAUCUUUUACUAAAUUUCAGAGUUGUUAGAAUUUUUUUAUCAAGACUUUCUUAAAAGAAGAACUGAUUUGUUAGUAUUUAGACCAUCAACUCACGGAUUCAAAAUUGCCAUUUUUUAUAUAUUUUAAACGCUCCUGCCCACAAAAAGAGUAUAGUAAGACAAAAGUUGGAAAUGUUAUUUGUAAUUUGAAUAUUUCACAUAAGCUAGAUAUACUUUUAGCAAAAAUAAAUACCGUUGUUCUUCAUUUGUAAAUUUGCUGCUGUUUUCUAUAUAUGUUUCUGUACAUACUCGUAGAGUUACGAAUGAAAGCCCAACAGUGCCCAGAUAUGAUUUUUUUCAUGUGGUCAUAGUUCACGUACAGCGCAUGUGAAGGAGGCAGCUACAGACUGGAAUCACAAGCCCUUCGUGUGUCGUAGAUGAACAUUGGCCUGCAAAUGUAACUGAAAAAGAACCAAUUAUUUCUCAUGGUACAUGCCACAACUUCCCAUGUUACUUUAGCCCUGCUCAGGGAAUUACUAUAAUGUUGGUUGGGCUAGUUUUGUUAUGUAUUUUGUCUUUGGGCUUGAAGGAUUUAUUUUUUUUCUCUUGCUUUCUGAUUGUGUAUUUGCUGCUGUGUGAACUCAAUAUAUAAAGACAUUUUAAUACCUAUUCUUUAUUCAUGUCUAACCCAGCAGGGUUAUCAGAUAAAGAUGACACCUUCGUUUCUGAUCCACUUUGCUUUGUUCCCAGUCCUUGUUGUUGGUGACCUUAUUCUUCUAGGGUGGCUCAUUGAUGGCAUUGGUGAAACUGCGUGUGUAGUCUUGCCAGCUGGGAAACUAAUGGUAGAUCUAGGCUUCAUGACCAGAUAGAAGAUUGGGUAUGUCUCUCACUUAAAGGGAUUUAUACUGGCUAUUGCAUCUGAUGUUAUUUAGUCUUAGUGUGUUUUUUGCUUCAUUACCUUGUCAGUUGCUGUAUGGUGUGCUAUUCAGUUUAUCAUUGUUGUUACUAGGGUCACACUCCUUAAUGUGAGUAUGACAGUGGGUUACUUUUACUACAGUGCUAAGCAAACCACAUUUUCUGAUCCAAAACCUUUAUAAUCAGUGGUAUGAUUGGUAUGAUAGUGAGGUGAGUUGAGUCUGUCCCACUGUGCAGUGUACAUCUGAAGAGCUAAUUCAGUGUUUUCUACUAUACCUAAGUUACCUGCCAGUAGAGAUUGGCUGCUGGUGUGCACUUCUCCCAUCCUCCCAUCUACCCAAAGUGCACAGAAGCCUAAGAAGAGUAAACUGGUUACUAAAAACUGAACAUACUUAUGGCUGCUAAAGCCCUCCAUGUCUAGUCUAUAGAGAAUAGCAUAGGCGAAAACAAACACCAAUAAGUAUAUCGUAACCAGUGACUAAGAUUUGUAUGAUUAUGGUAUCUUCACUUAAGCCCUUAAAUGAAAGUUCUCUAGGAUCAAAAAGAUGGGCUGAACAUGACUGAACAGUUAAUCGAAUUGUUAAACUUAGCAAUGUUAACUUUCAGUUCUAGAAAUAAACACGUCUCAGUUGGGAGUAGAAAAUAUUCUGCUUGUUUGAUGCCAACGAAUACCUUGAUGAGACAAAAUAAGAAUAAAUUUAACAAUUGACAUUACUUGGCUUUAGUGUGUGCCCCAGAAAAAUCUAGGUUUAGCUAAGAAACAAAGAUAAUGGAAGAACUGUAGAGGAAUUAUCAUAAAAGCUAAACUAAGAAUUAUAGUGCAUAUAAUGGAAAGAGUUUGGAGUUUGAAAACUUGGCUUCAAAAACUGGCAUUGUCAUGUACUGUGACUUGGUAUUAAAUCAGCAAAUUUCUUUGGAACUGUAAAAGUUACACAAAAUGGAAAUUGUUAUUGCUUUAAUUAUCUCUUCAGAAGAGAAAAUAGAGUAUCCUUUAAUCUUGUUCUGUCUCAGAUGAUAAGCAUGAGAUAGCGGGGGGAACAGCAUGCUGUUCAUGUUUACCCCCUUAGCUCCAUUCCUGUUUCACUAGUGUGCAAGGAAAAUAUGCAUUCAGAAUUGUAUCUCUGAAAUAUUAAGGUGAAGUUGGUGAGUACAUGGUAAGGCUUUAAACUGACCAACUCACUGUUGAGGGGGAAGAUAAUGUCACAAUAAGAUGGAAGACUAGUGAUGAGUAUUGUUUAUUUUGAGGUUGACGGGGCAUGACAUGACUCCAUUAAUAAACCCAAGGAAAAGAAAGCCAUACUUGGAUUGUCUCUUAAUAAAUCACCCACUUGUAGAAACUAGUAGAACAUAAAUCUGUUGAGGUAUUUAUAAAGUAUUCCAAUAAUGAGUUAAGAAAACACAGUUUGAGACACCAAUAGUGUUAUUGGUGGUUAUGGUUGGAGAAGAGCUUUCUCGGCAAAUGCAGGUUGUGAUGAUAAACAGAAAAAGAUUGUUCUUCUACCAGAGAUUUAGAACUGAGGGUGUUGCAUGACUUAGCAUACAUAAAUACAGCAGAGGCUUUAAGAUGGAAAAUGAUUCAUGGAUAUGAUGCCAAAUAUGACUCAAUAUCACAGCAGUAGUUUAAAGCAAACUUGAAAGCCUGAGAAUAAACACUAGUCCUAUACAUCAAGUAAAAGCAGAACCUGUACUAGGACGUGAAGAACUUUGAGAUCAAAAGAAAGCCAAAACUCUAAAUAUUAUGACAGCCAGUGAGUGCACUUUUUGAAGAAUCAGAUUAUUUUUGUGAGAAGUCUAUGAGGCAAUAUGAAACAUAUAAUUCCUAUAUGUCAUAAUAUAGGAAUUCUUAAUUCUUAACAUAGAACUAAAAAUAGUUGUGAAGUCCAUAUAUUGAGAGCGGUGUUUUGAGGGAUUUUAAGUCAGGCAUGUGGAAAACUAUUUCUGACAAAAGGGCUCUUGAACUCUGGAAGCCACUUCUAAGUACAUCUUAAGGAAGUACCUUUAAAGUAUUUACAGGUUGAAUGCCACGUCUUCAGGGUGUCCAAAUGUGUGUCUCACUUAGAUAUAGAAGGGUGAUCAAGGUGUCCCUCCACUGAGAAUAUAGUGGCCCAUUCACUAUUUGAUGCUGGGGAUUGAACCCAGGGGCACUUAAACAUGGAGCCCCCAUCCCCGGCCCAUUUUUUUGUUGUUGUUGUUUUUUGUUUUGAGACAGUGUCUCAGUAAGUUUCUUAGGGCCUUUUAAGUGGCUGGGGCUGGCUUUGAACUUAAAAUCUUCCUGCCCCAGCCUCCCAGCUGUUGGGAUUACAGGCAUGUGCAGAAAUGAGAUGGUGCCUGGCGCGUAACACCUUUUUUAUUAUAGUUACCCCAAUUCUUUAGUUUUUAAGGUAGGGUAAAAACAAGAAUGUUUCUUCAUCUUGGUUUUUGGCAUCAGUCUUCACAGCCAACAGAUUUGCUCACAGUAUGCCAUCAAGAUGUGUUUUUUCCGAAAGUGUGAGAGGAUCGAAAUAUCACUUAGGCAAUUUUGAACCAGAGUAAAUUUGAGAAGCGAUCACUGACCUCAUGCUCUGGGAUGUCCUUUCUCAAGCACUUAGGAGAAACUUGAUUCUAAAUUUACAUUUAAUAGAAGAAUUUAGUAAUCAUAUACUGUCAUGAGAUCAAUAAUGAAAUUCUCACCAGCAUCUUUUGGUUUUAAAAAAUUGCACCCUAUGUUUCAUAACUUUUUAAAUAAAAAUUUUCAACUGUGUAACAAAAAUGUUAAAAUAAUGUUAUGGUGUUCUUAGCUCCCAAAUGCUAAUUUGCAUUAACUCUCUUUGUUUUAUCACAGAAUUAUCCGUACCUCAGUUCAUCAAUCCAUGUUAUUUUUUUUGAUGCAUUUUAAAUUGCAGACAUCUGAACACUUCUAAAUACUUUAGCAUACAUAUCAUUAGGAUUCAGUAUUUGCUCCCAUUUUUCUUUUGAUGUAAAAUUAGCAUACAGUGAUAUGUAAAAGACUUAUAUUUGCAUCGCCUGGGUUUUGGCAAAUGCAUACUGUGCUAUCAAGAUAUAGAAUUAUCACCAUCCUAGAAAGUUCCCAGAUGGUCCUCUUCCAGUCAAUCCCUGUCCCCUCACCUGACUCUUAAAGGCAACCACUGUUCUUUUUUCUACCAGAUUUCCUGUUUUUGUAAAUAAAAUCACACAUGUACUCUUUUCUACAAGGCUUCUUCACCAUAAUGUUUGGGAGAUUUCUCAAUGUGUCUGGGUAUUUCUAGUUUAUUCCUUUUAGUUGCUGAGUAGUAUUCCAUUCAUUGUAUAUUGCGGUUGGUUUAUCCAGUUUCCUAUUGGCUACCUGGGCUAUUUCCAGGGUUGUCAAUUAUAAAUAAGCUGCUAUGAUCAAUCUUACAUAUGUCUAUGUGAACAUAGGUUUUCAUUUUCUCUUGUGUAGAUACCUAGGAAUAGAACUGCUGGAUCAUAGGGUAGUUUAAAAAGAAACUCUACCUUUUUCCAAUGCAGUUGUUCUGUGCUCUGGAUUUUAUAUUUUAGGUGUGUAGAAAGGUAAACUAUUUUUAUGAUCCACAUUGAAUAUUAGGAGAUGUAGGUUUGGGGGUAGAAAUGACAUUGUUCAUUGUUAAAUUUGACAGUUAGUGUCAUUUGAGGGAAGCAAAGACCUAUCUGCCCAAAACAACUCCUUGAGAGGUUCCUACGCCUGAAACUUUAGCAUUAAUUUCAUUCUUUGAAAGGUUAAACCCCAAGAAUGGUGAUAUAUUAGCUACAAGAAAGAGCAUUGUUUUUUUUUUUUAAAUGUUACUAACUUUUGCCACCCGUUUUCAGUAAGUAAAAUAUGACUCUCAUCAUUGAACAGAAAAGACCAUUUUUGUGGUGAUGGUGGAGUGGGUAGUAAAAUGUAUGUGUACUACUCGGUCAGUCUCAGGUCCAGCAAUGUGAGAGAGCCCCCGGAACUCCCUGUGACGGAAGUCACCCAGUGGUAGUCAGGAAAGCAGAAAACGGGAUGGGAAGAAUUCUACCUCACAGUUUUGCAUAGGGGAUAGCUAUGCUUUUGCAGGACAUUUUAGCCUUUAAAACCAUAUUUUCAAUAUUGUGUUUAUAUUCAGUACUACCCAGCUGUGGUUAUUUCAUACUCUGGUGACUUUCUUAUCCACUGUGUUUUAUCUUUCCUGCCCAUUCUAUUACAUAGAGCAUUUACCUGUAUUAGCCUGUAAAAUUAUAAUCGUAUGUAUGUUUCCAGUGCCCAUGUUCAAAGAUAUUUGUGUAUGGUUUAUCUGAUCUUUCCUAUUAGAUUUGUAAAGGCUGGGAAUUUUGGCUUCUACUGUAAAUCCUUAUAAUGCUCCACACAUUGUAAAUAUGCAAUAAAAUGUUAAGAACUAUAA